UUUCAUAACUCGCGCAGGCCGCGGAAAUUUCUUGAAAGUUUUUGCAGUUUUUGGAGGUGAUUUUUUGGUUUAAUAAGGUGGAAAUCCCUCGCACGCCACGACACUAUGGCACCGACCAUAUUGAAGGGGAAAAACUAUGCGCUGCUGGUCGGAGGAAUCGUAGGAAUCAUUGCGCUCGCCUGUUAUCCCAUCAUCGUGCACCCGAUGUUGUACCCAGAGGAAUAUAAAAAAGUACAGAGAAUCAACAGGGCAGGAAUCAAGCAGGAAGACAUUCAGCCUGGAAAUAUGCGAGUGUGGAGCGAUCCUUUUAAACCCAGAGAGGACGAGAAACACAAAUAGUAGUGGACUUGUAUUACUGUGCAAAAAUAUAAUUUGUUGUUCUAGAAAGUA